AUGCGAUCUUCUGUGAGUGUAAUUCUUUCUGCUCCCGCGCCAGACACUAAUAUGUCGCAUCCGGAUUACGAACAAACUUCUCACGAUCAUUGUUCGAUUUUAGUUUUAAUUAAACACAUAGGAGAAGAAUUAAAAGUAAAAUCGUUUGACAAAGUUUUUGAUAAGAUAAGUCAAAUAAAUAGAAUAAAAAUAAUUGAUUCAGCUGGUCUUUCAAGAUACAUUUGGGCCCGUUAUAUUAAAGAUUACCCCGUUGAAAAUAAUGAUUGGGGAGAUUUUCAAACUCAUAGACGACUUUUAGGUUUAAUUACAGUAGGAAAAUGCAAUACUCAAGUUGAACUUAACGAAUUAUGCAGAAUCCAUGAAUCAUUGAAAGUAAAGUAUGUGUCAACAUUAUUCGAUUCCCAAUGUAUUAUAUUUGGUUUGACAGAAAACAAAUGUCCAGUGAAUAGUGAUGUGCCUGAUCCCACACCAUUUACAACACCAUCCAACUUUAAAACAAGAGGUCUUUUUUAUCCUGACAUAGAAAGUUUUGUAAACAUCGAUUCAGAUAUGCACGACUUUUUGUCAUCGUUAUUUUGGGUUUUGGAAUCAAAACGUCAAGAAAGAUCCAGGGAAAAAAUUGAUAAAGUUUCAUUACUCUUGGCACCAUUUGAAAAAAAAGACUUUGUCGGAUUAGAUUUGGAAUCGAAAACAAACAAGAAAAGAUGUGUCGGACGAAUGACAAAACAUUUAGGAGAUUUGUCUCUACAAGUUGGUCUUUUACCUGAAGCACUCGGGUUUUAUCAUUCUGCUGUCGAUAUUUUGAGAGCUGUAAAUGAUUGGCUAUGGUUAGGUGGUGCUUUAGAAGGAUUGUGUGCUGCAUCAGCUUUGGUACUGUAUCCUCAUCUGCACAGAACAUAUUCCCUUAAUAAAAAUUCAUCAUCCCAAGAUGAUCAAUCCAAUAAAUCAAAGUCCAAUGAUGUAGAAGACAAUUCUACGAUUAAUGGAAUCGUUCCUAAUUCGACUGACAUUGUCAACACUGUAACAAACAACCUUCCAGCCUCUGAUAUUCCAAAAUAUUACAGAGAAGCCAUAUUACAUUAUAGUAAAUAUCAAAAUGCCGGAAUCAUAGAAACAGAAUCUUGUUUUAAAGCUGCUAGAAUUUCCAUAGAGCAAGGCAUGAUUUUACUAGCAGCAACAGUAUUGCAAAAUGUAGUUUUUAUAAAUCUUCAAUUGAGCGAACAUGAAAAAAUUCUCAGGUUCACAAUGUUGGCAGAUUUGUACAAGCAAAUUGGAUUUUUGAGAAAAGCAUCGUUUUGCAGUCGAUUGGCUGCGACAAGAUUUGUAUCGGCUCAAAAUCCAACUCCAGAUUGGACUCAGUGUUACAAUUUUAUUCUUCAAGCUUUAUCAGGUCAUAAAAUGACACUUGAUCCCAAUGAAUUUCCCAAAGACGGUCUCCAAGGUUGGUCAUCUUUACAAAUACAAUUAUUGAGAGAAUUGGUUGUAGCAGCUCGAAGAAUGGACCAUCCAGCAUUAGCAACAAGGCACAUGACGUUUCUUCUCCAAACUCUUUGGAAUCAAUUAUCUCCGGCCGAUCAAAGGGAUUUCGCUUUACAAUUACAGCAAUUUGCAUCACAGUGCGAAGGCUCUCCCGUUCCUUUAGUUUUGGAUUCUGGAGUGGUGAUACCUCCAGCCAACUUGAUGAACAUACCCGAGGCUAAGUCGUUUCAAUUAGAGAAUUUAUUACCACAUUUGAGACCUCAAAAAAUAGAAAAGUUGAAAGAGGAUUCCGGACCUUUUCUUUUCACUCCAAUUAAUUUCGGAUCCCUCGACAGAAGAAGUAAUAAAAGCGGCGGGAAAAUUGAGUACGUUUGGGUCGAGGGUGACGUUUGUGAAGUCGUGGUUAAAUUUCAAAAUCCUCUCCCGUUCGAAUUAAAAGUUUCGGAUGUGAGGCUUCUAACGAGCGGCAUCGUUUUCGAAAGUAUUCCUACUUCGAUUUCCAUACUCCCGGAAUCGGGAUUGCAGCAAUGUAUUUUGUCAGGGAUUCCGAAAGAAGUGGGAGAUUUAGAAAUUUUAGGUUAUUCGACGCAUACGUUGGGAGUGAAAUCCAAUUGCCAAUUGAAGCACAUACAAAGCUUUCAGUGCAGUAAAUUCACGGUUGAAGUCAUACCUGCAUUGCCACAGAUAACAGUAGGUACAUCAUUACCCAAGAGUCUUACUUGCACACCCCUGGGAAAUUCGUCCCAUAUUGUCGCAAACGGAAGUCUUACUCUCUACGCCGGAGAAACGUCCGAGUGCACCAUCACCAUAACGAAUAAUAGUCAGUAUCCGGUCGAAUUGUUAGAAAUAACAAUGCAGUCCAUAUUAGAUUUAGAAGUCCAAGCACAAACGUUUCAAUGGAAUAAAGAAAGUCUCAUGUCGGAACUUCCGCUACAGCCUGGAAGCGUGUGUUCAUUCGCCGUAAAUAUUCAUGCGACGGCCGAUUUCCUGUCACCGCCGAUGGACGAUACUUGCGUGCUGUACGGAGGUGCUGGAGAAAGUGGAAGCCAACCAAACAGUCUAUUAGGUUCCGGACCCUUUUCCCUACCGUCUCAUUUAAGUUCUCCUUCGAUGAGUCGAAAGCAACCAUCCUCUCGGAGAACGGAUCAUUCUUCGUCGUUUCGUUCGACGGGAAGUAGUAGCAGUCGAUCUGGGAGUAGUAUGAGAUUACCCCCGUCUCCGAUAUCAAAAGUCGUGUUACCCUAUUCUAACAAGUACACCGAAGGACAAUUGAAAAUUCGUUACUCCGGUGGACCCGGUCUCGAAGCCGGAUAUUGUAGAAUGAGCGUCGUUUCUAUCAAUUUAGAAGUAUUGCCAUCAGUGCAUAUUACCGGUUGGGAUGUCAUACCAGCGGAAACGAGUACGCAGUUUUAUUUAGUUUUGGACAUUGCCAACAUGACGAAUCACGAGCUUGAACUUCAUUACGCUCCGACAAAGUGUAUGCUCAUGGAAGGGAACGAGUCGUGUCGGAUUCCGGUUCCGAUAGAAAGAUGUCCGCUGUCGAAAAUUUCCAAAUUGUACAAAGAAGGCACGAUUUCGUUUCAAGAUCGUUUAGAAUUGGCGAAAAUAUGUAGCGAGCACAUUGCUUCUUUGGCGGACAUUACGUGGAGGUUGCCCGCAUCCGGAACGACCGGAAAAGCUUCCCUCAAAGGCAUUUCUCUCACCACUGAUAUGUUAGAUAUAGUUAGAAUGUCUCCAUUGCAAUGGGACGUGACAUUAAAUUCGCAACAAAUUAAACCGCAGGAAGAUUUGAGUUAUCAGGUCGGUGAAUGCGUGCAGUUGGGAGUCACGAUUCAUAACUUCUUGGAAAAACCGUUGAAAAAAGUCACCCUCGUUUUGCAAUGUUAUCAAGAUUACAAAAAUGGUAACAGCAAUCACAGAUUAGAAACGAGAUUAGCUUAUUCCGGUGCCGAUAAAGUUCUCAUACCGAUGAUCGAACAACGUAACAGCGUUUAUCACGAAUACAAUUUGAUUUUUUUCAACUGCGGUCAAUUCAAAAUAGGAAUGCAAUGCGUAUCCCAAGAGAAUUCUUCAUCUACCUCAAAAUCGGAUAGAGCCAACACGAGUCAUUCUUGGAAAUACAUUCCACCAAUAGAGAUAAACAUAGUCGAAUAG